AUGGCUUACAGUGUGAUCGCGAAUUGCCAGCCUGCAAAAACUGUCGGCUGGCCGACGUUGAUUCAAAAAGUCCAAAGCCUUCGGCUGGAGAUACAGCAGGUUACAGAUCCAAGAAGCCUCACCUCGACCGCCACCGCUUACCAGGCCGAUGUGGUCCCUUUCUCCAGAGAGGGUUCUCACUUGCAAGUGGCCGACCCUGACGACCUCCCGACUCCUUCAGACACUGCUUAUCUGGGUCCCGGGAGCUCAGCUCGACUUGUCCAACGCUUCUUAACAACCACAACCAACUGGCAUAUAACCAACAACAUUCAGAUCCCAAGGCAUCUCCUUCCGAACGGUCAAUCCCACUUGACCGGGCUUCAAGCACUUCGAGUAGUAGUGCCUUCUUUCCCCAUCAACAAUGAUCUGCGAAAGGUAGAGCUGCAUUCUCUUGUGCCGCCUUCAACACAACGAGUCAUUAUUGAGCAUUACUUGAAAAUUGUGGCCCCGGAAUAUAGCUUGCUUCCUGUCGAACAAGAGACCGUCUUGUUGACACAUGAGAAUCCUCUAAAAUGGAUCAGCUCGAACAAGAAUCAUCCUGCGGCGUCUUCGUUGACCAUCGUGUUUGCCAUCUCCACCGCCCUCAUCACUCGGGAUCUUGAUGCCAACCUGGCGAAUGUCUCCUUGCGAAGCAAAGAGGAUAUUCAAAAACUAUCUCUCGGUGAUGCGGCGAGUCAGGGCCACGCGACUGCGACCAGUUGGACCUGCGCCGCCUUAUGUGCCCUCGCCUUGAUCGAGUUAAUCUGUCCAACAUCUGGCCAACUUUGGGACCUCCUGGGAAGAGCCGCGUCGACGAUGCAAGACCUGCAGGAAGGUUGUCUGCUUAGGCGCUCGGAUCUAGACGCGGAUUUGCGAAGACUGGAGCGUGCCCUGCUCAAACUAGAGAGGUACUCUACAAUCACCGCGACGAGGUCCCGGGCUAAUAUCACUUCUAAUAGCUUGGCUACGAUGCAUUUCGGACGUCCUUCAUUAUUCUUCGACACUCAGAUACAGCUCCAUCUCGAAGGCGUUCCCGCGGCGAACUUGCUUUCGGACGAGCUCUACAUCGCAAGCUGUCUGCACAGCAUUUCGCGUGCGCUGACGACCGUGCCUGUCCCAACCGAAACGUUUCUCGAGGCUCUAAUCCCCUUUCCUCUCCAAGUCAUGUCCCUUGGCUCUGAGAUUAAUCUGUCUUCGGCAACGCUCUAUACAGCUUUAAACCCACUUUUCACCGACCCGGACAGGUUCGCUGGGGGUGGCAUCCUGAACAUGGCAUCCCCAAGAAUGGCUCACAUAAUUGCCAAAUCCGCCUCUAUCAUCAUUGAUCACUUCAAUCUGCUCAACGAAAAAAAUUCCAUCAUCAGCAUUUGGCUGGCUGCUGAGCGAGUUCUCGAGGCCGGAACCGUGUGGGCGGCUAGUCUAGUCCAUCAACAACGUUUAGCAGGCCUAAGGCCACAACAUCUCUCUGCCACAGGGACUGAUGUGACCCUGGGUCCAAUCGUCAAGGUAUCCGGUCUUCUGGCUUCAUUUGCAGCGCGGUGGAAGGUCGGGUCAGUAUACGUGAGUACCUGGGAAAUCGUGGUUGAAUCCCUUUGGAAAAUGGUGUGA